AUGAGACUUUAUUGUUUAUUUUUUAUCUAUUUAUUAUCUUUUAUUCAAAAUGAUGUGUUUGAGUCAUCUGGUGAUUCACGUAUUAUUUUAUCUCUAUUCUCAUCUUCACUACUUAAGUUAUCUACAAAUAUAGAAGAUGGUGGAGGGCCAGACGUGGGGGUCACUUCUGAGUUUCAAAGGUUAAGUUUAAUGGAACUUGACGAUAUUGAUACUACAGAAAGUGAUAAGGGAAAUCUGGUAACUGUCUCUUUUCAGGAAUUAUUGAGCUUAAGAAGUAGAACAUUAACCACUCUUAGAGAAAUAAAAACUUCAUAUUUAUCUUUGGUUGAUCAUCCAAUAGAUGAAAAAUGUGUUGGUUCAGUCACUUUAAUUUAUGAAGUAUGUGCUUUAGAACUUGAUGCAAAUAAUAGUAUUUGUAAACUUUUGAAAAAAAUUCUAAGAAGAGUUAAAAAGGUUGAGAGAAAUUAUUCUGCGAUGAUUCGAAAGUACUCUGGUUAUAAUAGAGAAAUUCUUUCAGCCUUAUUUGACUUGAAUUCCUUAAUGAAUACAUACUCACGAAGAGUUGAAUUGAAAAAAAGUUAUUUAGUGUCAACUGAAAAAUUAUUAAGAGAUGUUUCUUUGUUUUUUGAAGGCAAUAAAGGUUUUACGUCAUUUAUUAUAUCAAUAUAUACACAAUUCUGUUCUGUAGGUGGUAUUACUUACUAUACUAACAAGGUCGAUCAAGAAAUACAACUAAAGAAAUAA